ACUUAAAAAUAUAUAUAAUAAAUGUUGUUAUGUAAUAUAGUAAUUUAUUUAUUUAAUUCAAAUAGUUAGGAAGAAUUAGAUGUACAAUUGUAAACAGUGUGAUUUUGCUCUACCUACUAUUAAUGCGUACAUUAAUCACUGUCAGAUCAUCACAAUUUGCCCUCUUCGUUAUGGAAUGUUUAUGAAAUAGAAAGGCUACAUUCUUUAACUUAUCCUUCACAGCGUGCUGAUAUAGUCGGAUUAAAUGCACUGAAAAUAGUAUCGUUAGUGGCUAAAUGGCCAUUUUUAUUUAAAGCCAAUUGGUUUUUACAUCAUUUUAAAACAUUAACUGGAGUUGACAUAGCUUUUAUAUUUGAAGAAAAUCUUAAAAUUAAAUCUACCAUAAUUGUCAAAUUUUUGCAACACCAAAAAGAAAUGCAAUUAGCCAUAAAUGAAAUGAUAUUAGCUGGGCAAGGUAAUGUGUUAGCACCACUUGUUGCUGCAAUUUUGGGCAUUUGCCAGUUUUUUAAAGAAUCUUCCAAGUUUUUGUUUCAUCAGACUAUGGAGCAUGCAAAUGUGGAUGAUAUUGAAAAGGACAUUACUCUUCCACUUUCUCCUUGUAUUAGUUUUGCUGGAACUUGCAUAUUCAAGUGUAAUAGUUUUUACUUGGUUGUUGAUCGGCAUGUUAUUAUAAAUAAUCUUGCAAAUCCUCUUUUGGCAUUGGUUGUUCUUUUUGCUGCAUAUUAUGUGUUAAAUGUUGGCUAUCCAGUAGAGAUUGCUGCAACCCUUGAGUUUUUGCAGAGAUGUAUCGUAAAAAUAAACCCUGAAAAAAGAAACAAAAUCGAAAAGAAGAUUGGUAAAAAGCAGUAUGUCGGACCUCACCCUAAAGUUAUAAGUUUUGUUAACGAACUGGGGCUGUUUGAAUGGACAGAGCAGCAAUAGACGAAAAUACGCUUUGUUUUUAUUUAUUAUAACUAAUAAAAUAUAUUUUCAUA